UGAUACUCUUCUACUCUAGCAUAGGUGCAUAGUUUUUUGUCCUGCGCUAGGGGUUUGUUUAAGUUGGAAAAGAUUAGACUUUCGAAGUAAGAUUUAACUUUAGAUUUGAUAGCAGAGGCACUACCGUCUGAUGGAACAGCGUAUAAAGCUUGCAUUCAGAAAAAACCUAUAAGAUCUAUUGUUUCAAGCAGAAAAAAAUCAACAGAAAAAAGCAGCCUUCGAGUUACAAAAAUUUUCGGAAAAUACAAAGGAACUGAAAAGUUUUUAAAAUUGAUUUUGCCAUGUUUUUCUUAGCAAACUUAGAAGACCUUUCAAGCUCAUUAUCGUUAGAGAAUUAAUCUCUAGACUUAGGCUAUGAAUUAAAAGCAACUGGCUGAUUUCUCCUCUAAUCUCCAAUGUUUCUUCGGUAAGCUUUCAAUAAACGAAAAGAAAAAGCAAUUGAGUAAGAGAUAUCAUUAUAUUGCUUAGCAAAUUGUCCUAAAAAAGUAAAAAGAGUUUCAGUCGAACAAAAACACAUCGUCUUGAGAAACGGUAGAAGAACUGUUUGACGAAAGAGUAAAUGGAUAUUGUCAGGUCAGGAUGAGGCCAGUAAAGAAAUAGAAAAAAUUUCGAUAGCAUGGAACUGACAGAAUCUUGUUUACAGCAAAAUAUUCCAGGUACAUGUAAAUUACCUGUUGUUACCAAUAUAAAACUAUUUCCAGCAGUGAUUAUCAAUUCAGCCACUAGAUGCUGCUUUCAAUAACGAAAGGUAAUUACCCACAGUCUACUAUAAUACCAUUGUUUCAUUUCUAAGCAACGUACGAACUGUGAUGAUACGGUUCAAAGAUAACAAACCAAACUUACUUUAAUUGAGGAGAAUCGUGCAUAAUAUAACCAAUACUCAGCAUGUCACAGCCUGUCAUUAGAAUGAAUCUGAAUAAAAAUGAAAACGUUCACCUGCAAAAACAUUCAAAUGUUCUUAAUAUCACAGGCUGCCUGUAGUCAAUGGAGAGGAUCUUUCUUGGUAGAGGUAGCUUAUAGGUAGCAAAUUGCUGCAUUUCAAGAUACGCUAGGUAAACGAUGGAGACAUCCUUAACUUUUGGAUUUGUCUUUUCAUUGUUAUUCUCCUCUCUGAUGCAGUGUCAAACGAUCGAAAGCAGAAAGUUUGAAAUAGCAAAGACCUAUUACAUUCGUCAUUUCGAGGGAAAAUGCGUAGAGUACGAUGACGCACGUCAGGUCCUGGUUUACGGUCGACUUUGCCGAGAAAAGUUUGAGUGGCAAGGUGGAGUAAGACUGGUCCACAUACCAACAAAGAAAUGCAUCAAUAUCAAUGCCACAAGCGAUGGAAGCUUCUUGUCUUUGUCAAGCAAAUGCAGUGAUACAAACAGUUUGUUCCAAUAUGAUGAAAACAAUCGAGUGAUCCGGCAUCUUUUCACUAACAAAUGUUUGCAUCCAGAAACUGGAAAUGCUGAUCCUGCAAUUAAUACUGCAAUUGUCCUGAAGUCAGGCUGCGAUGGAAAAACCAACAAAUUCUACUUCAGAAAGAAAGCCUACUAUAUCAUCCGGCACUUUGGUGGACUAUGUUGGGUUUAUACCUCUGGAGAGAACCUGAUCAAACUGAGGGAUCUGUUGGCUUGUGAUCGCUUUGAGUAUGUGAAUAAUUACCAUUUGAGGCACGUUGAAACCGGCAAAUGUGUUAUUUUUUCAAGUUCAUAUCUGCGACUGACUGACGACUGUGAAUCUCCAGAAACAGUUCACAAACUCAACCAGUUUUCAUUACUUCAAAAUGGUCCAACUGAUUGUAUACAUCCUUUAAAUGGAGCUUUAUAUCCUGCCAAUGGCAAUUUGCUUACCCUAGAGAGCAAUGGAUGUACUGAUGAAGACCGCUUGAGAUUUUUCUUCCACGAUGAUAAAGACACACAGAAAAUAAAGAUCAUUUCUGAAUCAUGCUUGGACGCCACUUGCGCGAGUAGCAGAGGUUACGUGAUAGUUAAUGGCCGCCAAUACAGCUUGAACACACGUGGUAUCAAUGUUGUUCUCUUUGAUUACCGGAGUGGUUUGUUAGAGUAUAGAAAAACUUACGAUGUCUAUGGGGUUCCCUCCUCAAGGGAUCUUUUAGCUACUUUUUUGAACAAUCUUCCUUCAGGAAAACUACUUUUGAUGGCAGCAAAGACUGCAGUUAACAUGAAUAGUAAUCUAGCUCUUGCAUUACAAAAGGUUGGUGUUUCUGCAACAUUUGCAACUACACCAGUUCCAAGAAUCUAUAUGUCUCUGGCAUAUGUUGGCUAUACAGGACAGGUGAGAAAAGAUUGGGAGAAAACUGUUAAUAAAAUUGGAGGAUCAGGUGCUUCAAUUAUUGAAGUUAGCAUCAAAACCUUUCAUGAACGGGAUGGAAUUGAUGAUUGCUCAAAUGAACUUGGAGUGAGAACCAGGAAAAUACCGGAUUUUAGAUUUUAUGCAAAGACUGUUUGGGGAAAUGAUAUCUACCACCAACCGUAUCUAGCGCGACUACAUUACUAUGGUCCGGGUUGGUGUUCGUACAGCAACACUCCGGUAUCCGAAUAUUUGCAAGUUGAUCUCGGGACGAUGAUGAUUUUAAGUGGUGUUGCGAUUCAGAGUCACGGCUCUGGCAAUGGACAUGCUGUAACAAAGUUCAAAAUUGAAUACAGUGAAAAUGGAAUAAUUUGGCAAUUUUACAAGAGCGAGCAAGACUCAGUUUUAGAGUUUACAGCAUUAAGAGAACGCAAUAGGCUUGAAACAAGUGUUAACUGGUUUGGUAAUCUCAAAACAAGAUUGAUAAGAGUAGUUCCCACAGAUAGGUUAUCUGUAUCAGGCGUUAGCUGUAUGAGAAUAGAACUUUAUGGAUGUGCUAUAUCGAGAGGUUUCUUGAGUGUUGACUGGUCACCAUCGUCAAGUUUUUCUACAAAUGAUAAUUUCAAAGGAUCGGUCUUUGCAUUCGGAACAAUAAAGAACAAUUUAACAAUCGGAAUAUCAACGGCAUCCAGUAACAAAAGCCUUGCAAAUAAACUUGACCUGUUUCACUUUGACAAAAUUAAUGCAUCGACAACGUUUGAUAACGGAACAGUCAAAAAAGAAAGCGGUGUGGAGAAUUUUGUCACAGACAAGAUGAGAAAAAUUGAUAGUGUUGCAUUUCUUCAAUUUAACGUUGUUGAAGAGAACUAUUAUGUAUUUGAUCUUGACAUUGCUGGAAAGGUCUUAGAUGCAAAACUAACCACAGGAGAAAAACAGGCAGUUAUCAGUACAGAUAGUCAAGAUAGAAUCCUUGUGUUCUCAUCUCCACUUCUAAUAAAGAGAUUGCAGCCCGACAAAAGCAUUCUUCAACUAAAUAUCACAAAGCAAAACUCCCAAUCGCUAACUGAUGAUAGCUUCUUCAACCUUAAUCUGUCCGUGUCCCAUUUGCUGGGAAAAAGCAACUCAAAUGCUUAUGGUGUUACUCUCAUGAUUUAUUUCAACAGCAAGUUUCUUCAGUUGAAAUCACUGGCAUUCGUCAACACAAGUCGCUUCAGUCUACCCCCGUCCAGAAACACAACCACGCCUGGGUUUAUUAUGAUUCAAACUGAUACACUGUGGCUGAUUAACAGGCAAGAAAUCUCGAUAAUACUUCAGGCAAAGUACCCAAAGACUAUAUCAAGAGGAGAAAACUGCAAUGAAGAUAUCAUCAUUGAUUUUGCAUAUAUGAACAACUUGGCAAAAUUUGAUGGAACUGUGAACUCAACUUUAGAGAGGAAUGUGCCAUUCAAAUGCAAGAUUGACCAGACUAAAGAUAUCAGGGUGAAAUCAGCGAGGUUGCCGUCUCCUGAAUUCAGCAUGGUUUAUGACGAUGUGAAUCAGCAACUCUUUUUCUGCUACCAAAGGAAAACAUACAUGACAAAAAACUCCAGUAUUUGCUUUUCACGAGAAAAGAACAACACGUUUUGGAAAACCAUUCCUUACAUUUCCGCGGUAACAGGAAUGGAUGUCGAGAAAAGAGUUCUUUAUGGGUUAGAACGAGCAGGGAAGUCAUAUGUCAAAUCUCCGUAUCCGUUUGCUCUUUACAGCCAGAUAGAGGACACUGAAUGGACAUCAGCCAAAGAUCAACCUCAGAUGAGAGCCUCUUUGAACUGUUUGUCCCUUUCUCUAUUACCCCAAUCAUCUUCUGAUCCGUAUAUUUUCAAAGUGGAUGGUAAACCAGUUUUUGCGGCAACAACUAAAGGAAUACUUUGGAGAAAAGAAGAUCUUUCUUGGAAAAGGAUCGUUUUUUGGAAGUAACUUCAAAGACAUUCAUGCAGAUACACUGUGCAUUUUCAUUUUAUAAAAAUAUUGCUGCACUGACCAUUUUGAAUAGUUGAAGUUGUUAAUUUCCAGUUUCCAACCUAAAUAUUGUCUUCUUGUUGAUUGUUUGUUUUGCCUCAAGCUCUAAUUCUGUCUCCUUUCCUGAUUAAAUUGCCUCUGAAAUGAAAAAUUUAAUUGUUGCCAAAGUUUUUGUUUUCAAGCAGUAAACAUCACUGAUUGUGUAUCUGACGAAGUUGUGUCAGCUGUUGCAAAACAAAUUUUGACGACGGGGAUGAGGAAAUGCUGUUCUAGCCCUAUCAAAACGACCAAUAACCCUCUUCCUCUGAUGACGAAUGGAAAGGUGGUGGCAAUGCCAAUCCCUCGGUAUUUAGCGAAUUUGACAUUCGUGUUGGAAUUAUGAUAAUUAUAUUUACAUUGCUACGUUCUAGUUAUCUUCGUCACAGAAAUAAUGGACACCUAUUUGUUUAAUUGAUUGACAUGUUGUUGCGAUCAGUAACACCUCUAUAAUUUUAUCAUGUAGCAUUUUGUUCAGUAGUAAAGUCUUCCUGUAGUGAAAACGUUUCGUUCGUUUUAUUCCCACUUCUUAAAGAGCCAAAAGUCUGCAGAAUUCUAACAGAUUAUGGGCCCAGAACGCUUCGAAGUGUUUAUGAUUUAUACCGGCUCUGGCAGACGUGAUAUUUAAAUUCUCUUGUUAAUAAAACAAAUUUCGAAGCAUGAAAAACCAUGGCGGACAUCACAAGAAUCGAGCAGUUGAACGGGGAAAAAUUAUCAGUCAUGGAAAUACAACACGAAGUUUGAUUUUAUGGAACGUGACUUGGUUUAACUCAAGUAGGGCAUUAAUGUACAAUCUGCAGACGCAGCUGUGAGAAAUGCUAGCAGAGUACAUUCAGACAAGGCCUAUUCAUUGAUUGCUUUGAGUGUCGAGAAAGCUUUGCAAGUACAUAUUGCCUCUACCGUCAACUCGAAGGUAGCCCGGGACAUUUUCAGAAAUAUUUUGAAUUUGUAUCGGUGACACAAAUUGUGCGUUUAAAUCGUAAAUUUUAUGCAGCUAGCGUGAAGGAAGGUGAUCAUUUGAUGGAGCAUAUCAGAUAUACGACUUCUUUUAUGGCUGUACAGCUACGAGAAUUAAAAGAGGUUAUUAUAUUUCAUCGAAUAAAGUUACAAUAGUUAUCCAUGGUAGUUUACCUAAGUGAUAUGAUAAUAAUUUUAUCACGAGUUUAAAUGCACGAGAUGCUGAUGAAAUUGAGUGGGACAAUAUUAAAGGAUCACUUGUUGAAGAUUUUAUUAAACGUAUAGAGAAGAAAGAAAAACGUGCUUUUGAUGAUGUUUUGUUUGUGAAAAGAGACGUUGUGGCACGUGGUGAUCGAGAAAAUAAUUAUCGUUGAGGCUCAUAUUAUUAAGUAUGAGCAUCCAUUGAAAGUAUUUUUGGGUGAUAGCACAUUUGUAUUGGCUCAAGGUGAAGGAAAAGUAAGGCUUACCACAUGUGAUGGAUCUGAUGAUGUUUAUCAUGCCUUACAUAAAGUAUUGUUUGCGCUCAAGUUGACAAACGACUUUUUGUCAGUACCAGCAAUGGCUCAGAUGGGAGCAGAAGUUUGUUUUAAUAAGAAAAGGUGCAUUGUGUUCAAAGAUGGUAAGAUUAUAACCGUCGUAGAUCUAUCAGAUGUCAAGCUAUAUCGAGUAACCACACGAGAAUGUGCUCAUAUUUCAACAGCAUCAAAAGUACCAUCGCUGAAAAUAUGGCAUUAUGAUUUUUAGAAACAUACUCCAAACACAAAUACGAGAAUGGUAUUGCCUUGUUGCUGCUUACAAGGAGAGAUGUUUGCUUUUCGAAGUUUGCUAUUUUGUUGACAUGUACGCUGCUUACUGAUCAAGAAGAGAAAAGUAUGAUUGAGUUAUGUAACCGAAAAGGCAGAAUGAAGUUCAAUAAAGGAAUACAUUUCUUUGCCAGAAAUGAAGAAAGUACAAUAGACAACCUUUGCUUAUACAACAAUGCAGUGCUAGGUUUAUUGUCUUUGGAAUCAAGGCAGCCAAGUGUUUACAUUCUGUCUAAAAAAAGAGAGCUACUCAAAAAGAAUCAUUGUAUACUCUUUGUUCAAGAUUCAUAAUUCAAAGUUGUUUGCAGAUCUGUUCUGCAUAAAAGAUGCACAUCUGUUGAAAUGGGCAAGAUAUUUGCUUCAGAUGAAAAAAGUUUUACUAGGAAAGUAGCCUAGACUUAGAAAAUUGACAACGUAAAGUACUAACGAAAACAUAAUAUCUACAUUAAAAUGACAUUGUGUUCUGUGUAAUCGCAUAAUUUUGUAGUAGAUUUGGCAUACUUUUAAAAAUAAAUUUGCUGUAUCCUAUUUGUAAUGUGACAUUUCUUGGGUUUCUAUCAUGAUCGAGACGCAAAGGUGAAAUAGAAUGAAAUUUGCUCUUUUUCUUCUAUCUAAAGUAUUUUUCUGAUAAAUUUUGUAAUGGAAUAAGAAAUUGAGUUGAAAAAUAUUAGAAAAACCUUGACAUAAAAUAAUUCAAACUUAUAUAUGAUCAGAAAUAUUGCAACAGCUGAAACCAAUGUGCCAACUUGUUCCAAUGUGCCAAUUUGUUCCAAUGUGCAAAUUUGUUCCAAUGUGCAAAUUUGCUCCAAUGUGCCAAUUUGUUCCAAUGUGCCAAUUUGUUCCAAUGUGCCAAUUUGCUCCAAUGUGCCAAUUUGUUCCAAUGUGCCAAUUUGUUCCAAUGUGCCAAUUUGUUCCAAUGUGCCAAUUUGUUCCAAUGUGCAAAUCUUUCUCAAAGAGUCUAGCUUCGCUAGUUCACUUGUAUGAUUGUUAGCAACGAUGUAAUAUUAUCUUUAUGGAUGCCAUGGCUGAAAAUUCAGCUUUAAGAUUUACAAUGCCUGCCAAAGUCUUCAAACACUUGCUAUAAUUUACGUUGUGCACGAGGUGCAACAUCCCCAACAAUGUUGUGUCACGGAAAUAUGAAUAAAUCUACAUGUAAAAGUAAUGAAUUUUUAUAUAGCUAUGGUUUUCAGCUAGCGAAUUAACAUUGUUUGAGGGGGAAGGGGGCAAAACCCUUCUUGUUGACAUAGAAAUUGCACGGGACAUCUGAAUUCACAGAAGUCUCAGGAGGCUCCAAAGACUUUUUGGCAGGCAUUGUAGGAUAUUACUUUCAAGUACAAUGUCAGAAAACAUCUAGAUAUGACAUGGAAUUGUGUUCACCCUUUUCAAACGUGAACUGAAGACGUUUUACAAAAUUAUCACUUUCAGCCUCUCUUUGAAAAUGGUUUAUGUUUCAUUCAUCCUUCCUUUUUGUCGCCGGUGAGCAGACUCUUUUCAUGAAAGCCUACAAAAUAUUAGCCAAAUCAGGUCCCAGAGAGCUACCUGUAGCGAAAUCAUCCUCUUGUUAAAACUAAAUUACAUUUUAUUAUCAAAACUUAAUUCAUCUGAACGUGCCUCAAUCUCCAUCAGCAUAAUGAAACCUUCUCUGGGAAUGGCGGACUAUCAAGCUCGCUUCGCUUUAAAGCAUCGCUGCAUCGGCAUAAAAUUCGAUGGUCUCACUUAGAGUAAAAUUUGUGAUAAGGCUGCUAGUGUCGAAAGAACACAUAAAAGGUCUUGUCUUGCUGUUUUUUGUGAGGUUUUGCAUGAAUUCAGCAAACGUGAAGGUAUCCUUGAUGCAAUGUUUUGAAAACUUUUGAAGAACGGGAUCCACAAAUUCAGAAUGCCAAGAAUUCAAGAACUUGUGCAAUUAUUCUGGUAAAGAUACUUGAAAUGUAAUGAAGAUAUUAAUACAGUCAACUCUCGCCUUACGGACACCCCGAUAUAACGGACACCCCCCUAUUACGGACACAAAAAAAAUCCCCGACUGAAAGUCAAAGAAAUGACUGAACGUAAUUCUCGCUAUAAUGUACUCUCGCUAUUACGGAAAUGCGGACACUACGUGUGGUCCCAUUUGAAUAUUCAAAAUAUUUAACUCUCGAUAGAACGGACAUAUGCUGAAUAUAACUGUCAGAUUAAGUGUUGAUUAAGAAUAUUGUUAAUUAAGUGUCGAUCUUAAGCAUCCAUUGUACAAUCUUUUUCCGCGGAAUUUUAGCCGUGUGUUGAUUUUUAGCAACAGAUUUGCGUUUUCCAGGUGGUCGUUUCAAUGACUCCUCGCUUGAUAUCCCUUCUGAUUCUAAACGCAACGCCUUUUUUGCAGUCUCACUGCUCUUGAUCAGGAUAUCGAGUCUCUCUAAGAAAUCUGCUUUCCCAUAAAAUUUAAACAUAACUGGAAUCUCGAGUCCCAAUCCAGCCCCUCUGUUUACUCGCUUGCCACAAAUAACUGCAACCCCACUGUUGUAUUCUCGUUUCAAAAAAGAAGAAACAAUUUGAGAUAAUCCAAAGGGGAUGUGCCCAACAAUUCCCCCAUUUUCUUCAAUAAUUGCCACAGCAUUUCUGUCUCUACCAUUUUCUGGUUCUCGUUGAAGUACUAAUGGUUCUUUAGGAAUAAGAAAAUUAGCCGAUAAAUACAUGUGUGGAAAGACGCAAAUAAGCAACAUCAUCAAAAACAAGGUAUCAGUAAGAGAACAAUAUGAAAAAGGACUUCCUCAAGGAAAGAAACAAAACCGUACUUCUCAGUUUUCAGAUUUAAACGAUGCUGUCUGGGAGUGGUAUAAAAACUAGAAUGAUCAACUAAUU